AUGGAUCUGAACAUGGACAACCUCCUGUUCUGCAAGAGCGCUGAUUCUCUGAGGCAUGAUCACCGGGGCGACGCGGGGCUCCGCCUGGACUGUUUCGGCUAUGGAGCGGCGGCGCCGACGAUGUCGGAAGACCUCUCCGUUGAGGAAGACCGCUGCAGGCUGGUCCUCGGCCUUGGCCCGCCGCCAAGCUCCUAUCUGAGGAACGGCUUCUCCUUAGGCGGUGGCACUAUGAAGGUGAAGGAGGGCGGCGCCGCCGCGCAGAGCCGGAGUUUGAAUUCGGAGUUUGCUGAUUCAGGGAUGCUGAGGCUCGGGCUGCUCUCGGGGAGCGGCCGCCAUUCCGAUCUGAGCACGGCCGCGGGGGAGAGCCUCCAUAACCCCACCCAUGCCGGCGGCGGCGCCGUCCUCGACGAGUGCUCGACCUCGGCGAAGAGGAACUCCGGCGGGUACAUGCCGUCUCUGCUGCUGGCCCCCAAUUCGGAGCCGCCCGGCCGUGAAGCUGGUCUGAUAGUGACCGAGAAUUACUCUGAUUCCACAGUUCAUUCCAGUCCGGAGAUAUCUGCCACGACCGAUUCUUCCCUGGGCAUCGCCGGCGAAGCCCCGAGCGCUGCUAUGACCGCCGCCCAGCGGAGCCAGCUUCACCACCACAAUCACCAUCACCCGAAGAAGUGCAGCGUGAAGGAGUGCUCCAAGGGGGCGAGGGGAGCUUCCGGGCUGUGCAUCGCCCACGGCGGCGGGCAGAGGUGCCAGAAGCCCGGGUGCAACAAGGGUGCCGAGAGCAGGACGGCCUACUGCAAGGCCCACGGCGGCGGGAGGCGGUGCGAGGAGCUGGGGUGCACCAAGAGCGCGGAGGGGAAGACGGACUACUGCAUCGCCCACGGCGGCGGGCGGCGCUGCGGGCACCAGGGCUGCACCAAGGCGGCGCGGGGCAGGUCGGGGCUCUGUAUCAAGCACGGCGGCGGGAAGAGGUGCACCGUGGAGGGCUGCACCAGGAGCGCGGAGGGCCAGGCGGGCCUCUGCAUCUCCCACGGCGGAGGCCGCCGCUGCCAAUUCCCUGGCUGCUGCAAGGGGGCGCAGGGGAGCACCGUCUACUGCAAGCGGCACGGCGGCGGGAAGAGGUGCAUGUUCGAGGGCUGCACGAAGGGGGCCGAGGGCAGCACCCCGCUCUGCAAGAGCCACGGCGGGGGGAAGCGCUGCCUCCACGAAGGCGGCGGCGUGUGCCCGAAGAGCGUCCACGGCGGGACCGACUACUGCGUGGCGCACGGCGGCGGGAAGCGCUGCGCGGUGCCGGGAUGCACCAAGAGCGCCCGCGGCCGCACCGACUGCUGCGUGCGGCACGGCGGGGGGAAGCGCUGCAAGUUUGAGGCCUGCGAGAAGAGCGCCCAGGGGAGCACCGACUUCUGCAAGGCCCACGGGGGGGGAAAGAGGUGCAACUGGGCGCAGGGCUGCGACAAGUUCGCCCGCGGGAGGAGCGGCCUCUGCGCCGCCCACGGGAACAUGAUGGCGGCGGCGAGGAGCGCUGGCGACGGCGGCAUGAUCGGGCCAGGGCUCUUCCGCGGGCUGGUCUCGGCUUCGAUGACCACCGGGGGGAGCAGCGCCGACAACGACUACUCCUCUGCGGCGAGCGCCCUCUCCGAUUGCGCCGAGUCGGCCCACCGGCGGCACCAGCAGCAGCAGCUUUUGAUUCCGCCGCAGGUGCUGGUUCCACCGUCGAUGAAAUCCUCCUUACCCUCCCGGCAGACCGGGGCGGGUGGCUCGGGCUUCGCCCUGCCCGAGGGGCGCGUGCACGGCGGGGGGCUCAUGUCUCUGCUGGGGGGCGACCUGAAGAACGCCGCCGAGGACGGCGCCGCGGCGGCGGCGGCGGUGGAUGUGCCGCCGUAG